AUGAUAAUAUCAGACACUUUUUCAUUGGUUCAAGGCGCUCCAUUGACCGCAUCUGACAAGAAUAUUAUUGUGGAUCACCAUAAAAGCUGGAGAUUAGAAGCCAGUCCAGUACCAAACACUCCAAUCCAACAAUUGUCUUGGAAUACAACCAUCGAGACUCAAAUCCAAACUCAUAUUGAUGGUUGUGCCAAGGAUAAUAGCCCAGGUGCAUUAUUUGGAUUGUACAGUGAAUGGAAAUCCUCUUCAUCUGUUUCAUUUAGUUUGAAUAAAACUUUAAAAUCUGUUAUCGAUCUUGCUCCUACCUAUGAUUGGGUAAAUCAUGGUUGUCUUCCAAAUAAACAAUGUUUUCCUUAUUUAGCUGCAAUGUCCAAUAUUAGUAAAAGUUUUGCUUGUGCUAAAACAACAAAGUGUGGUCUAUUGAAAACUGUUUUGGUAUGCAGUUAUUACCCUGCUGGUGCAUUACCUGGUAUCGAUCCAUACAAAGUAAAGGUUGUCACUCCAUCACCAACACCAACAACAACUCCAAAACCAACUACAACUCCAACUCAAACUCCAACUCAAACUCCAACCCAAACUCCAACCACAACUCCUAAACCAACAACAACUCCGACUCCAACUCCAACUCCAACACCAGCUCCACAUCCAAAUGAAACUGAUUGGAGAACCAAGAAUGUGUUCCCUCCAGUCCGUAAACAAGGAAGUUGUGGCUCAUGUUGGGCAUUUGCCUCGAUUGGUGUAGUCGAAUCGAGAUAUAUGAUCAAGAAUGGUGGAGACCCAGUUUCAUUGGAUCUAUCUGAGCAACAAGCUGUUGGUUGUUUUUUGUAUUCGUGUGAAGGUGGCAGUCCUUGGCGUGUUUUUGGCGGUUUACUCGCAAGUGGCAUUCAAUAUGAAGCUGACCGCCCAUAUCUAAUGGCUAACGGCACAUGCUAUGAUGAACCAGAAAAACCACAUGUCAAGUGGAAUUCAUGGAACUACAUCCCCAACAACAAGGAUGCAAUCAUUCAAGAGCUAAAGAAUGGUCCAAUGACAGCAUCUCUAGUCACCGCGGAUGCUGGUUGGAAAAACUACAAGAAUGGAAUUAUUAAUUGUGUACCCGGUCUUCACAAUACAACAAACCAUGUAGUUGUAGUUGUUGGUUACAAUCCAGUAAAAGAUUUUUGGAUCUUUAGAAAUUCAUGGGGCCAGACAUGGGGUACCGCUGGAGGCUAUGGCUAUCUCAACGCCUCCAAUGAUGAUUGUCUAAUGAUGCUCAAGCGACCUACAGUAGUUAUUAUCUAUCAAAUUUAA